GCAUUAUGACAUCCUUGAACACCGUGUGCCUUCUGGGCUUGUAGCUGAUUACCGGAACUUGUUGUCUCAAUGUGAAGAGCUUUACAUGAAGUUUUUAAAUGUGAGGAACAGCAUAUCAAGCAGUGAUUCAGACUCAGAAGUAGAAAAUGUCUCCAUGGUGGAAGGAUUAAAAUUGUAUGAGAAAAUAGAGCACUUAAAACAAAAGCUAAAGCUAAUUGAGAAUCCUCUGCUGAGGUAUGUGUUUGGUUACCAAAAAUACAGUGGUCUCCAAGCUAAAGGACUGAGACCAACAGGUACCAAGGUCACUCAUGUUGUAUCCUCAACCAUGACAGCAAGUCUGCUGCAGUUUUUGAUAAGGGACAAACUUUGCCCUGAAUCUUGUGGCGAAGAACUAGAAAUACAGUUUCACAAUGAUCCACUGGCAGCUGUAAAUGCCUGUUACGAAGGAGACACAGUCAUCAUCUGUCCUGGUCAUUAUGUUAUAGAUGGCGUGUUCUGCAUUGCUGAUUCAGUUGAACUAGAAGGCUAUGGCCUGCCAGAUGAUAUCGUGAUAGAAAAACGAGGAGAAGGAGACAACUUUGUUGACUGUACAGGAGCCAAUAUAAAGAUCUCCAAUUUGAAGUUAGUGCAACAUGAUGCUGUGGAGGGGAUUUUAAAUGUUCAUCAUGGGAAAACCACCCUGGAGAACUGUGUGUUACAAUGUGAAACUACAGGCAUAACAGUACGAACAUCAGCUGAGUUAGUAAUGAAAAUCUCAGACCUGUAUGGUGCCAAGGGUGCUGGUGUAGAAAUAUAUCCGGGUAGUACAUGCACCUUGUUAGACAACGGCAUACAUCACUGCAAGGAGGGAAUACUUAUAAAGAACUUUUUAGAUGAACAGUAUGACAUCCCCAAGAUAACCAUGGUCAAUAAUAUGAUCCAUAAUAAUGAAGGAUAUGGUGUGGUCCUGGUUAGACCAACAAUGCCCUCUGAUGCAAAGGAUGCUUCAGCAGAGAGAACAAAAGGGAAUGCACAGCCUACCCAGUCAGGGGAUGGGACAGCCUGUGUAGAGGGCUUCAGGCAAGAAGAGCAACCUGAAUGUAUAACUGAUGAGUUGGAACUUUAUGAGCAAGCUGAGAUUCCUGAACAAAUUAAAGGCAACUACGACAUUGCAAAUGAACUCGGGGUUACUUCUGCAAAGAAGAGCCAGAUGCACAAGAAAAGACUGAGUGAACUGGGAAUUACAGCUGAUGACAACUUGAUGUCACAGGAAAUGUUUGUUUCUAUUGUGGGCAAUCAGUUCAAAUGGAAUGGGAAAGGAAGUUUUGGUACCUUUCUUUUCUGA